GACUUUCGAACUCCCAUGAUUCUCCACUGAUCAGUUCAAGCCCAGACAGCACGCGCCAAAGGUACGACAACAGCAGUCCUGGCGAAAUGGCGGAAACUUACAGUGAUGUGAAUGAAUUACUGUUGCAUGCUGCUAGGGAAGGCUCAGUCGAGGGCGUUGAAAUGACUUUGAAAGAAGGUGCAGACAUCGACUACGACCGUGUAAACAGUGAAGUCUUCAGCUCUGGCACAGCUCUGUUCCUGGCUUCCAACAGGGGACAUGUAGAUGUAGUGAGACUCCUGCUCCGCAAGGGGGCGUCUGUGGUGAAGAGAUCCAAGAGUACAUUUGCUCCUCUUCACACAGCAGCGCACAAUGGUAACACAGAAGUGGUGGAUUUGCUGGUCCAACAUGGUGCAACAUUAGAAAUAAAGGACGGCUUCCAGUACACGCCACUCAUGACUGCAUGCAUCUACAAUCACGUCGACACAGUCAAGCGACUGAUUGAGCUUGGGGCAAGGCCUGAUUUACCAGACAGCUAUAUAGACGACAUGCGAGGAAACUUAAGUACCGAGAGUAUGCAGCUUGUACAAGAGGCGAGGAAGUCCAAGCUGUUGAGAUGCUGCAACCCUACGUGUGGCAAACCAGGCUACAGGUCAACCCUGAAGCUGUGUGCCAGGUGUAAGCUGACCCGCUACUGCAGCCGUGACUGUCAGAAACAACACUGGUCUGUCGGACACAAGAAGUGCUGUGGGCAUGACGCGUACACUAACGAAGGACCAAACCCCUUCUCCAAAUUCUUAAAGUCCAUGGCAGACGAUCUGAUAGAACAGGCACUUGCACGUGCAAAAUAAUCUUGACUCUAAACAUAUCCACGCCUUCUGAACGAUGACACGCAAUGGCUUAUCAUUCAACCAUUGACCACACGAUUUCACAACAGCCGUAUGUAAUAUAGCAAAUGUUACAAUGUAAGUGACAAUGUAACAUGUUGAUAAACCUAAAUCAUUUAUCUAUUGCUUGUAUCAAUAAACGUACGUAUAAGAUAACGAUUAACGUUAGGUUUUGUUGUUUUGCUGUUUUAUUGUGUUGUUUCCGAUGAUUUUUGAAGGGUAAUGCAGUUUAUAAAUACCUCGUUUUACUUGGAUAAUCUUGUCGCAGGACGAUAACAAGUUGAAAUGGGGAGUCAGGACUCUACCAAGAAAGAUUUUCAGUGACCAGUUCCUUUUGUAUCCGUUGUUAGAUCACUGAGAGCGAGACUGGUGCAAUAUAAUUGUUUCGGAUACGUUUCAUGUUCUCCCUCAAUCGUGUUUUGUCUAAUAAAAAAUAACAUUAUACUGAA